ACGCUUGUGGAGAGGGGAGGAGUAAAAAUGUAGCAGGAAAAGCCACUCGAUGCGUCUGUCUAUCAGUUGAGAGUGUCUGAAACAGCUUGUGGAUCCACAAGCUUUUCCAUGUUUUUUUUCCCGGAUCCGUUUCUAGAGUUUCCUCCUCUCCUUCUUCUUUUUUAUCCAAAUAUUUUCAUCCGUGUUCUGUUUCUUAGCGGAUGCGUUUUUCAGAAUCUCGUAUCAGCUUCAAAAGGGGAGAAAAAAUCCGUCAGAGAUGCGAUCAGAAUCGUUUUCCUAAAACGUGUCUGGCAGCACAAGAGAAGAAACCACGAGGAUUUAUUUCUCACCAAGAGUUGUGCUUUGGACUUAUUUGUUAGAAAUCUUGGUUUUGAACUGAUUUUUUUGGUGUGCGUAAAAGCGCGCAGCGAAGUGACUUCCAAAGAGGACUGGAGAUCCGGGGGGGAUUUUUCUCCUCUUCCCCAGAGGAAGUGAAGUUCAAGAAAAAAAAAACUUGGUUUUCAAAGAGCUUCCUCUUGAUUUUUUCCCCCGCCACUCUCCAACGCUAAAAAGAUGAAGGAAGAUGAUCUUUAAUGGACACGAGGGUGAGCUUAUUCUCCCAGAUCCAGAGAUCACAGUUUGAAGUCCGACACUUUCAUCUCCCCCUGACAUUAUAAAGAAAAAAAAGAAGAAGAAAAUCAGCCCCCUUCUCCCUCUGUGUCCCCCACCCCUCACUUUCCCAAAUUCGGGAUGAUUUUUCCAAACUGAUAGACCCGAUCUGUCCACAUUUCCUGCAUGAGAAGCGCCGUGGAACGGGACGGUCACUAUGCCGAGGAGAAAGCAGCAAGAGCCGCGGCGAUCAGCAGCGUACAUGCCCGAGGAUGAGCUCAAGGCAGCCGCUCACGACGAGGAGGAGCACCUGCAGGAUGACGGCCUGUCAUUAGACGGUCAGGAUGCCGAGUUCCUGUGCAACGAGGAAGAAGAGGAUGUGGAUGGAGGCCAGCCGCCCAGCUACAGAGACUCUCCGCUCAGCAACGGCACCAACCCUGACGCUGGAUAUGGAUCUCCGCUCAGCGAUGCCAGUGACCGCCUUGCAGACUUUAAGAGCUCCUCUUACCGGGACGGUCAGGAGAGGGACGGCGCUCCCCUCCCCUUCCGUCCCAGCAACGGCCUGUCUUUCCAGGACAGUCUGGCACGGAUGAAUGCCGUCUAUGCAAACCUCAUUUCAGAGGCCUCUUGGUCAAGCAUCACCAUGGACAUCAUGAAGUCUAAGUCUGCUGCAGCUGGCAGUGGCAACGGUGCCCCUAACUCUGCAGAGCCUGUUUCUACUGCCUCCGCAUCUACAACCACCACCGUUAACAAGAGCAGUGGGGGCAGUAGCAGUCACCACAAUGGCAGAAGCUCCUCCUCCACUGUCAACCACAUAAGCAACGCGAGUGCCACUAAUGGCACUGCAGCUAGCUCUGUUAGCAGCCACAGUGCCUCCAGCAGCAGUGGGAGCAGCAGUGGCGGCGCCAGUAAUGGUAGCGGAAUAACGUAUGACUGGCACCAAGCGGCGCUUGCCAAAACUCUACAGCAGACCCCGUAUCACCUCUUACCUGAGCCUAGCCUCUUCAGCACGGUGCAGCUCUACCGACAGAACAACAAGCUGUACGGCUCUGUCUUUACCGGGGCUAGCAAGUUCCGCUGCAAAGACUGCAGCGCCGCCUACGACACGCUGGUGGGUCUGACAGUCCACAUGAACGAGACAGGCCACUACCGAGAUGACAACAAGGACAAAGACGAGGACCAUGGCAAACGCUGGUCCAAACCCCGCAAGCGCUCCUUGAUGGAGAUGGAAGGGAAAGAGGACGCUCAGAAGGUGCUGAAGUGCAUGUACUGUGGUCACUCUUUUGAGUCCCUGCAAGAUCUCAGCGUUCAUAUGAUCAAGACCAAGCAUUACCAGAAAGUGCCUCUAAAAGAACCAGUCCCAGCCUUGGCGACUAAGUUGGUGCCAACAUCAGCUAAAAAACGUGCUAUUCAAGACGCUCUAGCUUCGCCCUGCUCCCCAGACUCUGUCCACAUUGGCAGCGGGGGCGGUGGCGGCAGCAUUCCUCUGAACGAUCCAGGCAAAGACGCGAAAGCUACUGCUAAUCCCUAUGUGACUCCCAACAAUCGGUAUGGGUACCAAAACGGUGCCAGCUAUACGUGGCAGUUUGAGGCACGUAAAGCCCAGAUACUCAAAUGCAUGGAGUGUGGGAGCUCACACGACACACUGCAACAGCUAACUGCCCACAUGAUGGUCACGGGGCACUUUUUGAAGGUCACAAACUCUGCAUCGAAGAAGGGCAAACAGUUAGUCUUUGAUCCGGUGGUGGAAGAGAAGAUUCAGUCUAUUCCACUACCGCCGACCACAACCAGACUUCCUGUUCCCAGUAGUGUUAAGUCCCAACCAGUGUCCCCGGCCCUCUCCUCUGCAUCAGAGGACAAAAGGGAAGGAGGAGACGAGGACAAAGUUGAAAGUUGUGAGCCAGUGGAAAAGAAAAUCAAAGAGGAGAAGGAUGACGCAAGCGAGAAAUCAGAGAACGAUAUCACGUCCUAUAAAUACCUCAGAGAAGAAGAUCUUGAGGAGACGCCGAAAGAAGGUUUGGACAUUCUGAAAUCCCUUGAAAACACGGUAUCCAGUGCCAUCAGCAAGGCCCAGACGGGCACGCCCACGUGGGGUGGAUACCCCAGCAUUCACGCCGCCUACCAACUGCAGGGAGCCUUGAAGAGCUCUGCCACCGUUCUGCCCCCGACCGUCCAAAGUGUCCAGAUGCAGCCGAUGUUCAAUAGUGGGCUACGGGGGCUUGUGAGUGACCCCAACUCUGUCAUCCAGUCCCCUCAUAGCCCCUCUUCUCCUACGCCCCUGAGGAGCAACGUCACUGCCAUGGAGGAGCUUGUGGAGAAAGUGACAGGCAAAGGUGCCACUGUAAAGAAGGAAAAGGAGGAGAAGGUGGUGAGCAUGGAGCGAUGCAGGCCUCCGUCAUUAGGAAAGUCUCCUUCUCCUGCACUGAGAGAGCAGCUACCAUCACCAAACGACCUUUCUGUAGGAAAGCCAUCGGGUUUAAGAAGUAGCAGCCCCGGAAGUGUGGAUUCAGAUCUAAUCUGUAAGAAGGAACCCAAAGAAAGUCCAGUAGAUGCCCACAACACUCACUCAAAGAACGGUUCUGACGCGUGCCAGUCCCCUGUGACCAAUGGCAACAGUCUCGGCAUCAUCACGGAUCACUCGCCUGAAAGCCCUUUUGUCAACCCUCUCAGUGCACUCCAGUCGAUCAUGAACACGCACCUGGGGAAGGCGUCCAAGCCCAUAAACCCGAGCGCAGAUCCCCUGUCUAUGCUGUAUAAAAUCAGCAACAGUAUGAUGGAUAAACCCGCUUUUAAUGCCAUUCCUCAGGGCAAACCGGCUGAGCCCGUCAACCACUAUCCGCUGUAUGAAAGCAACGAUCAGCCCAUAGAUCUGAGUAAAAACAAGUCCAACAACAGUAAAAGCAACACCGGUGUGCUGGUGACCAACACCAGUGUUAACGGCAACAAACCCCUGGUUUCACUGCCAGAAUCCGUCUCUUCUCCUCUGAGAGAGAACGCUUUGAUGGAUAUUUCGGAUAUGGUGAAGAACCUCACAGGAAGACUGACACCCAAAUCGUCGACGCCCUCCUCCAUCUCAGAGAAGUCAGACGCUGACGGCAGCACGUUCGAGGAUGCUCUGGAGGACCUCUCACCGGUGCAGAAGAGGAAAGGGCGGCAGUCCAACUGGAAUCCCCAGCAUCUCCUCAUCCUGCAGGCCCAGUUUGCCUCUAGCUUGAGGGAGACUCCCGAGGGCCGCUACGCCAUGACUGAUCUGGGCCCUCAGGAGAGGGUCCAUAUCUGCAAAUUCACAGGCCUCUCCAUGACUACCAUAUCUCACUGGCUGGCUAAUGUCAAGUACCAGCUGAGACGGACUGGGGGCACCAAGUUCCUGAAGAACAUGGACUCGUGCCAGCCCGUGUUCCUCUGUAGCGACUGUGCCUCCCAGUUCAGGACUCCCUCCUCCUACAUCAGCCACCUGGAGUCUCACCUGGGCUUCAGUUUGAAGGACCUGUCCAAGCUGUCGGCUGAGCACCUACGGGAGCAGCAGGCUGCCUCAAAGGUGAUCACAGACAAAAUGACAUUCGGCAGCCCGCUGUCAGCCUUGUCCGCGCCGGAGGACGACACAGGCUCGGUGUACCAGUGCAGACUCUGCAACCGGACAUUCGUCAGCAAGCACGCAGUCAAACUGCACCUCAGCAAGACCCACGGCAAGUCUCCGGAGGACCACCUGGUUUUUGUCACCGCUCUGGAGAAGCUGGAGAAGCUGGACAAAAUGGAGAAAGUUUAAUCAUAAAAGCAUGUGAGCCACCGAAGAGGGAGAGACUGACAGCUGUGGAACUGACUAGAAUUUCAUUGCACUAAAAAGACAUUGUUCACAGUUACUGCACUGGGCCGAGUGAGCCACCAGAAAAAUAUCAGUCUUACUAUUUUUAGUUGUGACAACUGCCUGACUGGACCAUGUCUUUUAAUGUGUUUCCUUUUGUUUUCAUUUGCCAAGCUUUUUUACACUUAUUUUGUAAUAUAUUUAUAUGCUAUUUGUCCGAUCUGUGCAUGUAUUUUAGUGAAACAAGGUUAAACCCGAGAUUUUUAUCUUUUCAUGGCAAAAAUGCAACUACUGCGUCAAUGCUGAAGGGUGGGGAGAGGGUGGAGACGGAGGAAGAACCUGUACAAUACUUGAUAUGAAGAACAUUAAAGUGAGAGAAAACCCCGAAAGACUGAAGUAGCACCUUAGAUGGUUUGAACUUUGGAGUUGUAAAGAAAUGUGUAUUAAAAUAUCAUUCAUUUGUUCAAAUCUAAUUUGAAAAAAACUUUUUUUUUCUGUUAAAUUCCUCUCCUUUUUUUGAUUUUUUUCCCCCUUGUUUCAAAUUAUCAAUGGCCUGCUUUGAAAAAUAAUAAUAAAAAAAUAUGUGUAUUUGAUUAAAAAAUAAUAAUUUGAAGAAAAGCUGCUUCUUGGAGUCAAUCAGUGAAAGUGGACGGCCAUCAGUAUGCAAGUUUUCUGUAAAAAAAAAUGAAAGAAAAAAAACUUUUCUUGCUGUGAACUUAUAGCAAUUUUCCAGUUGUAUGGUUUGUUACCACCUCCUCUUUCUAAAAUUGUGUGCUGUAAAGAGAACAGUCCGUUCCAUGUACAUGCCCACCAGUGAAAUAGAAGUACUCCAUAUGACAUAUCUUACAUUUGAACAGCAGCUCAGCAUUCUUUGUAUCUUAAGGUGUGUGCAUUCUCUAACUUUUAUACUGUCAUUUUAUAUACAAAAAGGAUAAAAAGUAAAAACAGAUGGUGUACAUAGAUAUAUGCCGUAGAGCUACGAAAAAUGUCCUUUUUUUAAAAAGAAAAUACAAGCUUUGGCUCCGUUUACAUAAAUGGUUUUAAUUAUACUUGCAUCCAAUUUGAUGCAUGAAAUGGUGUGGAAAAUAAAAUAAGCGAUGCACAAUGAACUAUACAUUUCAAUGUUUUAUCGAACAUAUUGUAAAAAAAAAAAAAGAAAAAGAAAAAAAGACAACUUUUUAGCACCGAUUAGUUUGUUUCUUUUUUUCGUUCUCAAUUGUAAAAUAAACCCCAAAGCAGUUGGUAACAGUCGUA